AUGGACAAGGGUUCAAAUGCAGCCAAUGACAGCAACGCCCGCGACGUUGACGACUUCACCGCGCUCGAAUUCCAGUAUCUGACUUCCCAAUUAACAAAUCCAUCCAAUCUCGACAUCUCCGGAAUUGGCCAAGGAGACUCCUUUCUUCAAGAUCUUCAGAAUCUCGACGCGGAUGAGUUGCUUCGUAAUGCAAGCCUGUCAUCGCAUGAUGAAAGUGCGUUUGCUUUGGACCCAGCCGUAACCGGAGAUUCCAGCCAAGACAGUAGUCAGAUCGGGGUGCCGGGAAACAACACAAGUCUCGAUGAUGCGAGUCUGUUCCUGUUCUCAGAGGCUCUUGGUGAUGGGGAGCCGAUGGACCAUCUCCCAGCCAGUGAGACCAACACCCUCGACCUGCGAAGUGCCACGCCUUCGCAGAUGGCCACACCACCCAAGAUCGGCACGCGUUUCUCCUCAAAGUCUCUCCGACUCCUCAAGACAUGGCUAUCGAACAACAUGCACCACCCAUACCCAAGCACAGCCGACAUGGAAUUGCUGGAAAGGCAGACCGGCCUCAGCCGACAGCAAAUCACCAACUGGCUAGCCAACACACGCAGACGGAACAGAUUCAAGGUACCGCCCAAACGACCACCCUCACCAGCCAUCACGUCGGCAUCAUCACGCCCAAUCAACAUCAACAGCAACAGUCUGUCGCAGGGGUUUGGCGAAAUGAACCCCAUGCAACGAUGGCAGGUAUCGCCACCCGAACACGAGCCUGCUUCAGCAUCUGCUAUUGCCCACGCCGUACACGGUCUCCCUCCGGGGUCCGAACUUCCUGCCGACCGAUCCUUAACGGAUAGUGCUCCCACAAGAUCACUCUACAACGCCUCAUCAGCAAGCAGUGCAGGGACGUCUCACUCCAGCCGAAGCUCCAUGAACUCGGCAUACUCUCACAACUCCCGCUCAUCGCUGCGAUCUGCUGAUCCCCUCGGGAAGACUGCGAUGAAGCGCAGGAGACGACGUGGGGUCGCGUCACGGCCUGAGAGGAAAAACCAAGCAACGCUCUGGCAAACUCCAAACAUGUACCAGUGUACGUUUUGUACGGAGACUUUCAAAACCAAGCACAACUGGCAACGCCACGAGAAAUCACUCCAUUUGUCGUUGGAGAGAUGGGAGUGCACGCCAACGGGGCCGACGGUUGCCGACGCAAGCGGGCAGUUAGUAUGCGUCUUCUGCGGAGAUGCAAACCCGGACAAGGACCACCUGGAGCAGCACAACUACUCGGCGUGUAAAGAACGAAUGCCCGAAGAUCGAACGUUUUACCGAAAGGACCAUCUGCAGCAGCAUCUCAAGUUAGUCCACGACGCGAAGUUUCUGAGGUGGCCGAUGGGAGAAUGGAAACAUGAGAACGAGAUGAUCAGAUCACGCUGUGGGUUCUGUGCCUUGGUCAUGGGUUCGUGGUCUGACAGGAUCGACCAUAUUGCCGAGCACUUCAAAGACGGCAAGACGAUGGAGGAGUGGCAUGGUGAUUGGGGCUUUGACGACCACGUACUGACAAUGGUCGAGAACUCCAUGGCACCAUACAUGAUACACAUGGAGCGGUACUCGCCGUGGCCCUUUACAACAAAGCAAGGUGUUCCAGAAACACCACCGAACGCAUAUGAGCUGAUCAAGGUUGAGGUGGAUCAUUUUGCCUCGGAUUAUCAAAGCUUGAAUGACCGUAUGCCGACGAAUGCAGAACUGCUGUACGAGAGUUGCUGCAUCAUCUUCGGCACAGAACCCGUAUCGCUCUCUAAGCGUCCCGCGACUCCAGCGAGCUCUUGGUUGCGAGACCUCCUGAUGUCGUCCGACGUCAUCGUGAAGCAAGCCCGUGUACGGCCGUUGAAGACGGCGAGAAAGUCUCGAAUCACAUAUCUAUGCAUCAAUGGCAAAGCCGACAUCUUCGAUCAAUGCACCCUAGAAGAGCAGCUGCAGAGCUAUGUCGACAUAUCAAAGCUCAUCGAGCCGGAGAUUUCUGAUGCGGACCUCCAGCGCGAGGCGUGCAGCAUUGUCGAACGACUCGAAGCGACGUCGAUGAAGCCAUCUGAGACAUUUACCAGCUUUCUCCACGGUCUCAUAAACGAAUCAACGCAUUGGCUUACGGCGUUUCGCCAGCGAGCAGAACUCCCACCCUCUCAAUCCGCCGAGGCCCCGACCCUGGACAUCAGCAACCAGGACUUUCUGAGAACUUCCAUCACGGAUCCAGCCGGCAACUCAUAUCCCACUGGGAUGGAAAGCUCUUCUCUUGUGAAUUCCCCCAGUGGUGGUUCGAAUAAUCCGACCGACAUCGGUCCGGGCAAUCUCGGAGCAAACGGCGUUGGGUCUGGUCUCGACCCGGAGAUGCCAGGAUCAUCAACCCGGACCACAUUUUUUGUCAACGAGGAAAAUUGUUACAGACGCCUUGCCCUGAGCUUGAAGAGGUUUGUGAAAAUCACGACAUCGUCGCGCAAUCCUAACAGGCACAUCCCCUCGGAUGCCGAGCUUCAACACCAAGCAAGAUGGAUUUCCUUUGAAGAUGACGACCCAUGGAAUACCACCCCCGCCGACUCGCCUCAGUGGCUCCGAGAAUUUAAGCGGGAGAUGGGAAUCUUGGAGGAAGACGCGAUCCAGACAUCAGGUUGA